AUGGAUAUCGAAAAUAUUAUUCGACCAAAAACCCCUGAAGAAUUGCGUCUCGAACAAAUCAGACACAGUCACGUACACAAAUUCAUUCCAGACAUAUACCAUUCUAUCUUCAUUCAUAAAAAAUUCGAAGAUAAAAGUUGCAUUAAAUGCGAAGGACCCGCACCCGAGAGUUUUGAUAAAAAGCUCGAACCUUUGCAAGAAUGGUUACGUUUAGGAAAUGGAAAUAUUAUUCCUUCCCACCAUACAUACGAAAAAUUCGAAUCCACUGACUUUCCAACGGCGUCGAGAAGACGACGAGAAAAUAUUCUCCAAAUCAUUUAUACAUGUCGUUUCGUAAAGUACCCCGAGACUUGGGACUAUACGUACUUGAUACUCGAUCGACUUAUUAAAAAAGAAAAAUCAGUACCAAACCAACAGGAUAAGUACUUGCCCGACUUAACAGAGGAUGAAUUAAAUUUUAUCCACAAUCAAGUCGAAAACGAUAUGAGAGAAACUUAUGGAGAUGAAAUAUUUUCGACCCCGACAAUUAACAAAGGAAUGCUCGAAUUCGAUAAUUCCCUUGAGAAUACGACAUUUGAGACACCCAGCGGAAGAAGCAAUUUAAUGGAUAAAUAUUUCUCCGCGACAUCUCAUGUCACUCCUACGGAAAGAAAAUCAGAUUCGGAUAUUCAUUUAACUAGCGAUUGGCAAGCUUAUGCAGCAGACCCUAAUCAGGGACAAAGUUCUGCUACAGAAGUAGCUAAUACAGCUAGAAAUAUUCAAACGGCGUUACAACCUGUAUGGAGCGCAUCCAAUAUUGGUACUAGCCUUUAUGGUACUCCUAUGGAUACGACAGGCUAUGGUUAUUCAUACCGUUUUCCACAAAUACCUUACAGUCGCUCGGCAUCGACUACUCCUGUACCAACAAUAAGGGGAACUCCUAUGUCAAUACAAUAUUCUCGAUUUGACAAUAUGGGAACAUACGAAACCCCUAAAGUUCCUAUCGAGGAAGAACCGGUAGCAGAAACUCCAACGAAUAAACCAUUCUCUAACGAGAAUAUUCAAGGAAAAUCGUCGGUACCUAUAGUAUUAUAUACUGACACCGAAGGAGUUGUAGCAAAUGCCGAAGACAAAGAUGAAAAUGAGGAGAGCGAAAAAGAAGAUGUUGCAGCAGAGUACGCCUCUGAAAACGGAGAAGUUAUUAAAAUAAAUUCCGACACGAACUCGAACGAAAAUUCGGAAACCGAAUCGGAAACCGAAUCUAGUUCUGAGGAAAGUAUGGAUAAUGAGGACAAAGAGAAAAAGAAAAGUAAGGGAAAGGGUAUUGACACGGAUACCUCGGGAGAUACUUUAUCGCCUGAGAAACAUACUCCGUUAACAGGACAACAUAAAAACGUCUUUGUCACACCCAUAAAAUAUAUAAAAGCCCUCACAUUUCCACUCAUCCAAGCUCAAGUGGAAAUAAAAACAUAG